AUGGCGGUAAAGCAUAGGGAGUCUGUGGAUGAAACAGCGUCUCUCUUGGAUUCCUGUGCGUCGACGCAUGCCGACUUUUCGGACAUGGAAUACGUCCUUCGUCAUGACUUUGCCUCGCACCAAUAUGCACAGCGUUUUGCUCCAACACGAUUCCUUGUUAGUGUGUUUGAGCCAGAACAGCAAGGACCGAGCCUAUUUCGUGAUCCGCGUAUUCGCCCGGAUGACGCUGACUUUUAUAAUAUGGUGUCGAGUGUCCGUGACGCGAUGUCUACGGGACUCAAUCCGCGUAUGAUUUCGUUGGGUACGAGUGGGUCGUACUUUGUGUGCGAUCAUGGCAACGGAGAUGAGCCGCGCAUACGAGGUGUAUUUAAACCUAUGGACGAGGAACCUUACGGCAACUUGAAUCCCAAACGUGUAUUUUUGCGCAAGUACUUUUGGUGGGCCAUGGGCCGUCCUUGCCUGAUUCCUAAUUUCUCUUACCUAUCCGAAGUGGGGGCCUCGUUUCUAGACGAUAGACUCGGAUUGGGUCUGGUACCCAAGACGCGUCUUGUUGGGUUUUCGAGUCCAUCCUUUCACUAUUUAUACAAAGACCGCCAUCGAUGGGAGCAGGGCUGGCAGCCGCUGCCGAUCAAGAUUGGAUCUCUGCAACAGUUUCUUGAGGGCUAUGAAAAUGCGGGUCGUUUCUUACAGAAGCAUGCUCUUCCAGGUCGUUCCAAAGAUGUCAUGGAACGCGACUUGCGCGAAGAGCAUAGGGCUCACCGCCUGAGCCGAAGAAAACAAGGUGCACGACUUCGGAUGGCAUUUAUUGCUCUCAAGCGACUCUUGCUAUGCCGCUAUGGCCCGGGUCCUUACGGCAGUACUGAUGCCAAUGACAAUGCCUCUUCACCAAAGAAACCGCCACCGUUCACAGAGGAGGCGUCUGCGUAUCCUGCAGCAACGCCUAUGUCUGUAUCAGGUGAAGAUGGUUUUGAAUGGACGGAGGAAGUCUUUACUGACAUGCGUCUUGAGCUCGAGAAGCUCGUCUUACUCGAUUUUCUUAUGCGAAAUACAGACCGCGGUCUGGACAAUUUCAUGAUUCGGUAUAAUCCCCAUCCACGCCCGGGAGAACGACACAUUACGAUUGGGGCUAUUGAUAAUUCGCUGUCGUUCCCUCAUCAGCAUCCACAAGGUCUGCGCGAUUAUCCUUAUGGCUGGUUGUACCUUCCGACAGGUCUCAUUGGUCUUCCGUUUUCUGAUGAGACGCGUCAGCUUUUUUUGCCUAAGCUGACUGAUCCCAUAUGGUGGGCCGGUACCAUCGAAGGUCUGCGUCGUAUAUUUAGUCAAGAUGCUCAUUUCCACGAGCGUACAUUCCAAAAUCAAAUGUCGCUGCUCAUGGGCCAAGGCUGGCUCAUUGUACAGUGCUUGCGCCAAAAGUCAGAGGGACCCAUCGAGCUAUGCGCGCGCCCGAAAUUUGUCGUGCGCAGCAGCGUCCAAAUGCUUUCACAUGCUCAGCUAGCCGAACUGACGGUCACAGACCUAGUGCAAGGCACUACAUCAUUCUCGAAGGCACGUCGUGACAUUACCCACGAUCACAAACAUAACACUCGGUCUGCUCGAGCUUCUGCCAUUAAUGUGAAGCCGAAUCGCCAAAGCCGUGCCCAUCUUGUGACGCAGUCGAUGCCAUCGGUCCUUCGGUCGCCCAAGUCUCCAUCCUUUCCUUUUUCGCCGUCUUCAAAUGCGCGUGGUAUUGAUAUUGUGGAGCGGAUGGCCAUGGAGCAAAAAAGCCAUAAGAUGGUAACAACAGCAACACCCGCGCCAUAUGACAGUCCACGAGAGCCACCAAGUUCCAAAGCAUCUCGACGAAUGCCGCCCUUGGAUCUCGCUGUCGGAACAAGCGUAUAUCCCCUGCCUGUACUGGUCGAAACAGUUGAACCUGUACGACGACGCACGCCUUUUUCUUUCAACUGA